UUUGACUCCGCGGUUGUAGAGCUCUGUUCGAUUGAGUCGCAGAUAUUAUAAGUUUUUAAAUUUUAAUUUGAUGUCUUUUUCUUGACGAGUAGCAAAUCUUCACAUCCGUGUCCUGCCGGUUGACCCCCACACGGAUAGAUCCAUGGAUGUGACGGAUGUGACGGAGCCUCACGACUAUCUGGAGCUUCGCGAGUCCCUGAGCUACUACACGGCUCCUACAGUUACCGGACCUUCGUCAGUGACCCACAACCUUUUCAACAACAGCACUUCGUUAUUGAGAGAACGGUUGGUUAAAAACGAGAAAAAUAACACAACGAAACAAACAGAUUCACCAGACAGUCACAUAGCGAACGAAAACAUGCUAAACGGAGGUGAAAAGGUUUCGCCGUCUGCUGUCACGAGCGUCACUGAUACUUCAAGGCCACUUCCGCCCACCGGAGGUCAAGGUAAUGUGACUAAAGCGCCGCCGUAUUAUAAUAUUGCUGAAAACAAAACAAAUCCGAAAGGCGUCGCGAUGAAUUCUGAUGACGUAGAUUCUAAAAAUAAAACAAAGCAACAGGAAAACAGAAGACCGACGUAUUCAAAGAAUUUACAAAGCAGAAAUGAGCAAGCUUUCAACUUCGAAGCAGAUCAUUAUGACGUUUUACGUGGGACGGUCAACCCCAGUGAGGCCUAUUUACAGUUCAUGACCAACAGCGCAAGGAUACAACGUCGUCAAGGCGUGAAGUGGUUUUUCCUUUAUUUAACUGUUGUGUUGCUUGGAUUCGGAUCGCUCACCGGCGCUAUUUUCGGCGGAAUAAUCGGAAUCGGGGACAACGUACAGGAAAAUAUAAACACACAACUCAAAGAACUCAACGCCAACAUCAGUGCCAUGCUCAGUCAUUCGCGAUCUGAUUUUUUAAACCACGUUAAAGACGUCUGCUUAAAGAACAAAUCUGCAUCGGACAUUCGUUUCGUUUUCGGAUCAAACUGUUAUUGUUUAUACCGAAAACGACUGUCUUGGUCACAGGCUAAAGAUUUCUGUUUAAACGUCGGAAACGGGGUCUAUUUUGCUGAAAUUCAUGACUCAUUAACCAACGAGUUUUUAAUGCCGCUUUUAACCGUUUCCCAGACUAAUUUAGGAAUCUGGUUGGGCGGAAGUGACCUUGAGAAAGAGGGCGUGUGGAAGUGGGCGACGUCUGGGGUGGAGAUUGAGAAAUUCAACCCCUCCCAGUGGGCGUGGAAUGAGCCUAGCAACACAAGUCACCUGAAGCUGAGAGAGGACUGUUUGGAUAUCUGGAACUGGCAGGGCGGGAACUUCAAAUGGAACGACCACGGCUGUGACGAUCUGAAGCCGUUUUUGUGCAUGUCCCGGCUUGAGAAUGAUGUGUGCUACUGUUAGUGGUGCACGGCUAGAGAGUGAUGUGUGCUACUGUUAGUGGUGCACGGCUAGAGUGUGAUGUGUGCUACUGUUAGUGGUGCACGGCUAGAGAGUGAUGUGUGCUACUGUUAGUGGUGCACGGCUAGAGUGUGAUGUGUGCUACUGUUAGUGGUGUCAGCUAGAGAGAGAUGUGUGCUACUGUUAGUGGUGCACGGCUAGAGAAUGAUGUGUGCUACUGUUAGUGGUGCACGGCUAGAGAAUGAUGUGUGCUACUGUUAGUGGUGCACGGCUAGAGAAUGAUGUGUGCUACUGCUAGUGGUGUAAGGCUAGAGAAUGAUGUGUGCUACUGUUAGUGGUGCACGGCUAGAGAAUGAUGUGUGCUACUGUUAGUGGUGCACGGCUAG